ACACUCCUUUCGGUUUCUACACGACAUCGUACCGGAACGCUAACGGUACGUUCACACGGAGACACGAUUUGCCGAAUCUUAUUUUCAUCGGAUCUGGAAAAACCGAAUGUUGUAUUCACACAGCACAUCUUGUUUGGCCGUAUCCGACGGCCUCGUAUCGGGAUCUCGUGUGAACUCACCAUCCGGCUUUUAUUAGCAAGAGCGCGCACAGUUCCUCACGUUGAUUUGGAAGCGAUGGACGUGAACAGUCUUGCUAUACUAUACUGCAUACCUACCAUCAACUGUAAUAGCGACUCAACUGCAGACCUAAACUGAACUGCUUCGAAUUUUCGUACCACGAAGUCCUAUAUCCGACCAAUUGACGCUGUAGCGAAAAAUAACCUAAACUGAGUCGCUAACGGAAUCCAUUCAUACGGUUUCUCGUACUAUGAAGUCAUCUUGUAACCUAAACUGUAUCGUUAAGCUGUCAAACUGAGCCGACCAAAUAAAGUUACUUAUAAUGUGGCUGGAACUGAAUCGUUUUCACGUAUUUUACUUAUAAUUGUUUAAAAAUGAAUAAGUUAGUAUUAGUAUUGGUAAAUAAAUAAUUUCUGGAAGCUUGUAGUGAUGUUUGAUGAACAAUACGAUGAACUUUUCGAUUUUAUGAAAAACGAUAGUGAAAUAAGUACGCGUAAACAAAGACGACGCUUCAUUUGGGAACAAAAGGAUCCUUUGUUUGAUUUAUAGUGGAUGUUUAUAGAAAUGGUGCUAAUUUUAUAUGCCGUAUGUGCUAAUGUUUUAAAAACAAAAUCGACAGAUUUGUCGCUAAACCAAGAAGUGCGUAAUGUGGUGCAGUGUAUUUGCAAUGCGUGCAGUAGGUAAGUGCAGUGUAUUAAUAAAAAAUAGGUACGUUGUGCUUUCUGUGCCAGAUUAAAGUUUCAUAAAUUAAUAUAUUUAAACAACUUUUUGACGAAAUAUUAGGGUCAUUUAAAGCCAAAUGUUCUGGCUUGAGAAGUGUAAAUAUAGAUCUAACCUGUAGACCUCUAUGUCUCGUGUUUCUCUGUAAAAAAUACCACUUAAAAUUCUUGUAUUGAAGUGGUAGGUAGGUACUUAUGUCAGUCCACCUACACUGCGUAUUAAUUCGUAACUGAUAUUAUACUAACAGCAUACAUUAUUUGUUAAGUAAUUUAACUAUAAUACUUAAGGUAAACUAACAAUUUAAAGUUAAAACCAAAAUAAAUUCAAAGUUCGUGCUUUUUUUUUGACUUUUUGUAGCGUUGUCUCUCUCAAACAUAUUGCUAUUCAACCGCAGAUCAGAGACAAAUGUCGAUCAUUCAUUCACAAUAGACGAUUCAAAUGCUAUUCAGUUUAGGAGAUGUCAUGGUACGAAUUAAAAGCGAUUCAAUAUAGGCACCGAAGUUGAAUAGCGUCGGAUUUGGAUCGCUAGGUUAAAGUUGAUAGUAGCCCUCCUGGUAUUAUCGCCGUCAGCGUCGUAGAAAAAGAUUGUGGUUAAACCCAAUAGUACAAAGAAGAUCAACAGUUGGUGCCUUUACAACUCUAAUGCAGCAGUUAAGAAAUGAUCCACAAAAAUUUUUUAACUACUUUAGAAUGACUAUACCUACAUUUGAUAAUCUUUUGAAAAAAGUGGAAAAAGAUUUGAAAAAGCGUGAUACAAAUAUGAGGAAAAGCAUUAGACCAGAAGAAAAAUUAGCGAUAUGUAUAAGAUAUAUGGCUUCUGGGUGUUCAUACAAGGAUUUACAUUACGCCUACCGAGUCGGAGUGUCUACGAUCAGUAACAUUAUUAAGGAAGUAACGAAUGCUAUUUGGAACAAUUUGCAUGGGGAGUUUAUGACAUUACCCAACACAAUAUCUGACUGGGAAUAUAUCGCCAAUGGAUUUAAUACUAGAGCAAACUUUCCCCAUUGCAUUGGUGCAGUGGACGGUAAACAUAUUAGGAUAAAAAAGCCAAACAACAGUGGUUCCAUGUUUAUGAAUUACAAAGAUUUCUUUUCCAUCGUAUUAUUAGCAGUGGUUGAUUCAUAUUAUAAAUUUACAUACAUCUGUGUGGGCUCGUAUGGAAAAGAAUGCGAUUCGACAAUAUUCAAGGAGUGUACUUUUUGGAAAAAACUAAUAGAUGGUGAUUUGCAAUUACCGGCAGCAUGUCCACUGACAAACGAUUCCGAUUUAUCGAUUCCGUUUGUAGUAAUAGGCGAUGAAGGUUUUGGCUUGCAUCAACAUUUGAUGAGACCUUACGGCGGAAACCAUUUGGAUAGAAACAAAAGAAUAUAUAACUACAGAUUAACCAGAGCUCGACGCUAUGUUGAGUGCGCCUUUGGGAUAUUAGCUAACAAGUGGCGAAUAUUUCAUCGUCCACUGGAUGUUGAUACCAGCACAGCAAUAUCGAUUGUAAAGGCUUGCACUGUACUUCAUAAUUUUAUAAUAGAUAUGGAAGGUGUACAGUCGAACAUAGAAACAACAAGCAAUGUAUCAUCAGUGGUUAACGUGUUCACAGAUGCACCCAAUGAACAAAAUAGUACACGAGGUGGACGAUGUGCUAAUGUUAUACGAUCUGAAUUCACAAAUUAUUUUAUUUCUACAGCAGGAGCUGUGCCUUGGCAAGAUGAAUCAAUCUAACGUUAAUUUUGUAACACACUGCUAAUGUACAAAUACUUAACCUGUUUACUUUAAAAAAUUACAAACUUACCAUAA